GUCUCAUCCUAGCGCUGAAGAAGAGAAUCGACACAGCUGCGUGAAUGUUUUUGUAUAAGAGAUGUGAGUAAUCUCGGAAAUCGUACAACAAUAUCGAGGAAAAUUAACAAGGCAAAUUACCAAUCUUAAAACUUAAAUAGUUAAUGAAAAAUCUACAAUGCCACAAUUGAUUGGUGUGAAAUUGCUGUCCCAAACAUGUCUUGAAUUCGUUAUAAACAACAUGCCUGUGUUGUGUGAGAAGCUACCAAGUGCUGAUUUUGCUACCACUUCUAGCAACCAAACAAGCCAAAGUCCUUUUGAUCAAUUACCAUCAAAGUUUUUGGAGGAAAUCAUCUGUGCUCUUCGAACGAAAAGAUGUUUGAAAAAAUUCCUUGGUUUAUUGGCAGCUCCACAACUAGAGACCUUGAAUCUGAGAUAUUUGUCAAAGAAAGAUGAUUGUUCUAUUCAUUUUGAACUGAAUUCACUGAGAUGCAAAUACUUAAAAAACCUAUCUCUCUGCUGGUCAUCUCUCAGUAAUGACAAAUUCUUGACUUCUGUCAUUCCUACGUUUGUUAAAUUACAAGUUCUGGACAUUUCACAUUCUGAAGCUGGGAACAGCAGCUUGGAAGUAAUAGGAACUUACUGCACAGAAUUGAGAGAAUUGGAGUUAAUGGAUUGCCCAAAUAUUUCAGAUACUGGAGUAAAAUGGCUGUGUGUUAGUACUGCACAAAAUCCAGGAAGAGAAGAUGGAAAAUUGGGACUGCAAAAAUCUCUUCUUAAAUUGGGUUCGUCUGGUACUAAAAUUUCCAACGCAGGAAUAUUUCUGGGCUUGGAAACUUUCCGUAGUCUUAAAGUCUGGGAUAUAGUUACUGUAAAAAUCUUGGCGGAAAUUCAUAAAGAUUUCUUGAAUCGAUCCCAGGAGAUUCCAAAGUAUUCCCUGAUGAAUUUGAAACUCGCUUCGGAUAUUUGCGACACUAAAACUUUUGGAUUGGUUUUGUCUCUGUGUCCCUUAGUCAUUGAGGUAGAUAUCAAUAUCGUCCGAGGACUGACAGAUAGUGAUAUACUAUGUUUAUUAUCCCUUGAGAAACUCCGUAAACUGAAAUUGGGUGGAUCUAUUGAUGGCUGCAGUUCGUAUGUCACGUUUGGUGGCGGUGUGACUCCAAUCUUAAAAGCCUUUGGAAAUUCAUCACUGAAGACACUCUCUCUAUCCAAUUUGUGUGAUGUCAAUAUUCAGGUAAUCGCACAGCUUUGCCCGAACCUUCAUUCCCUUGACCUAUGCAAUAAUUCCAGCUAUUCCACUGCUAAACUCGAUGAAGAAUGGGGCAAGAUUGAGUCUCAAGUAUUUAAGCAACUUGAAAAGCUGAGCCUUUCUGUAGGAAACUCAAGUAUCAGUAUUCCGCGCGAACACUUCAUCUUGCUGUUGUCUGCGCCUUCUCUUGUGGACAUAGAUAUUGCAGGAUGUUCUAUGCUCAACGACGACGUUCUCCAAGAGGUUGUUCGAGUUCAGAAGUUCCAUCAUCUUGAAAGUUUGGAAGUUAAAAAAUGCCACAAUGUGACCGAGAAAGGAAUUGAUGUCUUCAUGAAUGACCAAAACCCUCUUAAGAAGAUCGUGUUACGUUGGUGUCGUCAAGUAACGAAGAGUAAUGUUGAUUAUUGGAAAGAGCAAGCUAAAAUGAAUAACUGGCAAAUAUUGAUCGAGUUCACCACGGAGAACUUUGAUCGCUUUGAUUUUUACGGUGAAGAACCUGACUCGGAAUCUGAAGACGAGUACUAUGAUUAUUAUUAGGAUGAAUAUUGAGAAACCGAUGGUUUCGAUCAUUGGGAAGAAUCUUCUUCGGAUGGAUAUGAAGUGUGUGCGAUUGAGCGAAGAUCUGUAAAUGUUCCUUAUUUCUUACGCAUUCAUGUAUCGACGUAUUACUUCACAAAAUUUGUUGUAAAUGCAGAAACAAACUCGCUUGCUUGUUUUAUUGCUUAGUGUCCUCGAUGGUGUUUUAGUUAUGAACUACUGUUUUGUUUUCUUUCCUCGAAUUUCCUAAACUUAAAAUGAGUCCUGAAGGCUGACAGCGAAAAUAAUACUUCUUGUCUUUCCCUCUUCUCAUUUUCUAUCUAAUAAGCGUGAUCCUAUCCACUAAUAAAGUCUGAUCCGGUCUGAACAAAGUUUUCCCUGGUUUUCGUUUUCCUUCAAAUGCUUCCAACUUCCAAGAUGGAAAAUUCGAAAACCGGAAUCCGGAUGAUUAGAAAUCUGGCAACAAGGUUACAUGAUACAUGAACUGUCUGCUAGAACGGUAGAACCAUGCUGUAAAAGUAAACUUGUCUUGUUGAAACUUGAAACUGGAUCUAUAUUUUUAAUUGAUGAACGUUAUGACUGUUGAGUAAUCAUCACAAUGCUAGCAGUAUGCCAUAAGUAGUAGUAGUAAGAAACAAUGGUAAGGUUUAAAACAUGUGUAGAAUAUAGACAUAGUUGUAAACAACAAGGAUGCCAUCAAACGAAGUCGACUAUACACGACGAAUCCAGAACAUGUGAGCCCAUUUUAUUUGUUGCAGCUGCAAGUUUUGAAAGAAAUGAUUAAUGUUCUCAGUAAAAAACAACCUAUUGAAUGAUAUUCUAAGCUGUUCUUAACUGCCCAUCUUGACAGGUAGAAUUUUUCUAUGAAAACUUGAGGGAAAUAAAAAAUGAGAAUAUUCAGCUUUUAAACUUUUUGCUGCAAUGAGGUGUCUUGUAAGUAUAAAUAACUUGUUAUUUGAUUAAUUGGCAUUGUUAAUAGGUCAAUGCUGCCACUGUGCAAGUUAGUUGAGCAUUUGGCAAAUAAUGGAACAAAAAUAACCUGCGUGGGAGUUAAAAAAUUAAGUAUUCACAAUUUACCCAAUCUCAAGCGCUGGGAAAUGGUUUUAGCUCUUUGUUGAAGUUCACCAGGAAGAAUUCUUUAACAACAUGUUACACAGGAUGCUGAAAUAUUCCUUGAUUUAUUUGUAACUUAAACCAACAAAGUGCACAAGUGGAAGCAUUGGCUUAGCACUUUGUCGCACAGUGUCUAUGUGCCCAUCUCCCACCUGUGGACCGUGACUCAACUCUCAAGUGACAAUCUUUACAGUUAAAAGUUUAACUUACAGUGAUUUACAAGCCUUACGUUCAUUCAAAAGCUUCAUCACCUGAAUAUCGAUGGGUCUAAUACUCUAAUCGCUCUAAUUAUGAAGACGUUAUGUGAAAUUAUUUUUAGUAGUGGUGCGGCUCUUCUUUUGAAAACAUUCGGUUCAACUUCCUUAAAGAUUCUUCAAUCGUACGCCCUUCGUCAUGUCAUCGUUUACACGUCAUUAUCCAGCUUUGCUCUCUACUCAUAGAGUAUUCCCAAUCAUUGGUGAGUUAGUUAAAUGUAACGCCGCUCAAUUUUUUCCUUAUUUCAGAUUUUAUUAAUUUGUCUUUAUUCUUUUUUAUUUUUGCUCUCGGAUUUUGCACUAUCUCCGAGUUCAUCUGAUAUGAAUUAGUCGCUCUGGUCAUGGUCAACAGGGAUAGGAUUGAAGACCUAUAAAUACUACUUGAAUGCAUGUUUCCUAACUACACUGCUGUCAAGUGGUACCGUCGAUGCAAUAGGCAAACUCCAAACUUCAAGUCAAAAUGCAAGUUGCAGCCACGUUCCUGACUAAACACUUAAUUUCUAGUGCAAUACUAGCGACGUUUUGUUUAAUCGUAUGCGAAUUCUCUACUGAUGCCGAUCCCGAAGGACGGCACUUUAAUUACCUCGCUUUCCAUAAUCCACCGUACGAUACUUUGAUUCGAGGACCAAAUGGCACCUUUACAACUUUUGGGGCAUCACUUGAAUUGGUUAAAUGGCUGUCUGCAAAAUUUAAAUUUACGUUCAACGUCUCCCUGGUAAAUCAAACCCUGAUUGAAAAAUACGGAACACACGAGGCUUCAUUUUAUCAACUUAUUAACGACAAAAAUGUUGAUGGAGUAUUGUGUUCCUUUUAUUUAACUAUGGACCGAGUAGAAAGGAUGGACUUUACAAGUCAUACAUGGUCUGAAGGAUUUAGUCUUAUUGUUCCAAGACCUGCAGAAGAAAGCCGAUUGUUCGCUUUCAUCGGCCCGUUUCAACCUACGGUUUGGAUGCUGAUUUUUAUUAGUCUCUUUGUUUUUGUCGGCAUGAUGACUCUAUUUACUUGGUUCUACAAUCGUCAACGUUGGAAUAAUUUGGGCAGUGCGACUGCGAUACAAAAGAGCGUUUUUAAUUAUUUCAGUUCUCACAUGAUUUAUGUAAUCAACAUUAUGACAAACCAAGGAUGCCAAGAAGCAUUUAGUCGGACUUCUUUUCGACUUUUGACUGGAGUCUGGGUUUUAUGUGCUAUGGUUUUGGUGAAUUCCUACACGGGAAUCGUCACAUCAUCACUCACAACUCCAAAAAUGAAACCGUCCAUUGGAUCGCUGGAAGAAUUGGCUGCAAGUAGAGAUAUUGGCGUACUAAUUCGACAUGAUACGUCGAUCGGGGAACAGAUUUUAAAAGCAACUUCUGGCGUUUAUAAAGUUCUGGGAGAUCAAGCCCGGCUUCAUCCGGAUCAAAUACUCGGCGACCCUUUUACAUUGGCUUCAAAACUGGAAACUGGCCGCUACGCUUAUCCAUUUCUUCGCACUUUUGCCAUAGCGUUUGUCGGGAACCAAUAUAAAAAGGAUGGAAAAUGCCGUUUUAAAGGGUCGAAACCUUUGCCUAUUUCAGCAGGAUAUUUUUCAUGGCUUUAUAAAAAGAACAGUUUAUACACUAAAGUGCAUAGCAGAGCACUCAUGGACUUGUGGGAAAGUGGCCUCAUGCGCUUUUGGGUGAAUACCCAACCCACCAUUCCGAAAGCGGACCAAUGUUUCGCAGACAGUAAACCUCGAAUCUCUCGUCUUGUCCCCAUCCAGUUGUCCGAUUUGACUAGUGCCUUUCUAAUUCUAGGCAUUGGAAUUGGAUUGGCAACGUUAAGUUUCGUUUCGGAAUUGAUCUUCUUUAGACUAAAUCGCCUUCAGAUAUGAUUUUUUGCGCAUUUUAAUGUAAAAUAAAUGUUUUUAGUGUUUGUUGAGCUAGUGAGGUAAAAACUAUUGUGUUGUUUGAUGUAGACUUGUAGGCAAUAUGUCUUUACUGUUACUUCACUUUUAUUUUUAGCAUAUCGGUGUUUCAUGUUUCAAUAUUUACAAAUAUAUAAGACGGAAAUAGCAAAUUACGAGAGUUUCGUCAUGAGAAAUAAAAGUUUGU